AUGUUGACCUUCCUCAAGUCCGCUGGUGUUCGUGUUUCGGUCGCGACUGCUGCAGAGCCAGCCAAGGUCGAGAAGGCGGAUCUUGAAGUUGCCCCCGCGGCUCUGGUGCCAGAUGCAUCUCCUGCCGCAGACGUUGCUUCCAUUCAUUCAGCCAACUCAUCCUCUUCCUUGCAUUCAUCUGCUUCGAAAUCCUCCCACACAGAUGCCUAUGGAGUACCCUCUCAUCCGGGUACUCCUCAAGUAGUCAGCCGGUCGUUCACGCCUGUGCAGCCCACGUCUGCGAACUUGCCACAGUCAUCUGCGCAGUCGCUUUUAGUACCUCCUAGCCCAGGGCAAGGUCCCGCUGCUGAAUCCGUGGGUAACGCGACCCCAGGCGUGCUGGGUGCAAAUCCUUAUCCUAGUGCUAAGACCGGGAAGGACCCUCAUCGUUUCUCAUUCCGUUCAUUUUCCUUCUUGCGCUCCGAGUCAAAACUUAAUCAGCCGGAGCGCAAGCCUUCCCGGCACUCCGAACCUAUUCACCCACAGCCUCACACGCUAUCCAAGGCGCAUGAAAAAGAGAAGAAAUCACGUGCUAGCAAGGCAUUCACGAUUCGUGCGCUGCAGUCCAAGACUUCUGAUAGGCGUGCCAGAGACACCGCAGUCAUGGUUCGUUCCGUCAUCGUGGGGGAUCAUGAAAUGGUGGAUGGCAGAACAAAGAGGUCAAAGCCACUCUCUAAAUCUGACCUAGCGCGCGUCAAAGCGCAGCUUCUCGAGCCAAAAUCCGCCAGCAAGAUCAUUGAUCACCUGCACGCAAUGUCUGCAUCAUCAGCAGAUACAAGGUCCACUAAUACUGGGCCAAUCCAUGCAGUGUGUCUUGACUCGAUCGACAAAGAAAUCCACGAGCAACACUUUGUACAGCUUGGUUCGGUUGCUACUGCAACAGCAACUGCAGUAUCUAACGCGUUGGUCAACGUGCACCUCGUCGACCUUCUCACUGCCUCGGACAUGGGUUUCGGUGCGCCAGCAUCAUCGCCGGGAUUACUGGCAGGUGCCGUUCCCAGCGCAGAAACUAUCAUUGAUGGCCUCCAGCAAAUAACCCCGCAGUUACUUGCGCUUGGUUUUGCAACAAGCAAGGCAAUUCUGCCGGAUCACAAGGGUGUUGUCGUGCCUACAGAUCGUCUUUCUGUUCUGACGUACUGGUGGGGUUUUGAAGUCUGCAUGCCGCCUCCCACAAUUGAGCACCUCGGUGCAGUCGCCUCUCCUGGUACUGCCUUGCUCAAUUUGCUGACUGCAUUGUCGAUCGUCAGCCCCGGAGUCCGUGAGGUAUUGCCGUUCGUUCGCUAUAUCGCUCAGUUCGUGCAAACCGAGUGGCAUAUGAUCAAGGCAGCCGAUAAGGGUAAAGGAGUUGUCUGCUGCGCUACCUGGAUCAUGCCAGCAGCGAUGGUUCCUCGUUCAUGGGAUUUCCCUGACCCGCCUCCUGCAACUAUUGUAGUUGCCCCAGGGGCAAACCUUGCGCCCACUGCGUCGAGGCCUGCUACAAUUGCUGCUACGCCUAAGCCUUCUGUUGAUGUACCGCGCGCCUCGUCUACGUACUCUAGCGAAACUGGCGAAGAAGGGGCACGACACGGGAUAUCAAGUGACCCUCCUGUUCUACCAGAGCUCAAAGUCAGCUCCCCUGCGUCGAACGAAGGUACAACUUCCAUCGACCUCCCAGUCCACAAGCCUUCUGCAGAUGUACCCAGGGAUGCUGAUUCCAUUGCUCUUUAG